AUGAAUAAAGAAAUACAAAAACAAAAAGAGUUGGAAAAAAAAGUUGGAGGUAGAAGAAAAGAAUUAGAAAUCAAUAAAAAAAAAGAAGAAAAUGAAAAGAGAAUUGAAGCUGAAAAUCGUUUAAACGCCUAUAAUCACAAAAUCAAUUGUUUAAAAUAUGCAGUAGUUAAAUACCAAGCAGCUGAGUCACCAGAAUUAAAAAUUCAUGUAAAAAAUAAGCACUAG